AUGUCCCCCGCGCCAGUGACCACCGACUACCUCGCCCACAUCAAGCCCCUCAAGGCCGCCGCGGCCGCGCAGACGACCGAGACGAAGGACUUGCAGGCCAUCGCGGCCGGCCACCUGACCAAGGGGACCGGCCGGCUGAGGGAGCACGUCUUCGUCGAGGGCAAGGGCAUCAACGUGUGGACGAGUGACGGCCGCCGCCUGCUCGACUUCUCCUCCGGCAUCGGGGUCACCUCCCUCGGCCAUGCGCACCCCGACGUAACCGCAGCUAUCGCCGCGCAGGCGGCCAAGAUCGUGCACGUGCAGUGCGCGAUCGCCAACUCGCAGCCCCAGCUACAGCUCAUCAAGCAGCUGCUGCCCAUGAUGCCGGACGCCUCCCUCGACACGUUCUUCUUCUGGAACUCGGGCGGCGAGGCCAACGAGGCGGCCAUCAAGGUCGCGCGGUGCUUCUCCAAGCGGCAGAACUUGAUCGUCAUGCAGGGGAGCUACCAUGGUCGCUCGAUGGGCGCUGCGAGCUUGACGCGCUCAAAGACGAUCUACUUUGAGGGCACUGGGCCGUUGCUGACGUCCGUCUUCGCCACGCCGUUCCCGUACUGGCAUGCGAUGGGGUUCCCGAAGGACACGCCAAGCGACGUGCUCGUCUCUCACGCGGUCAAGCACCUCGAGAACCUGCUCCAGCAGCAGACGGCACCCAAGGACACGGCGGCGAUCUUCAUCGAGCCCGUGCUCGGCGAGGGAGGCUACAUCCAAGCGCCGCCAGCAUACAUGCAGGCGCUCCGCCGCAUCUGCGACCAGCACGGCAUCCUCCUCAUCGCGGACGAAGUGCAGGCGGGCUUCUACCGCACCGGUACGCCGUUCGCGAUCCAGCACACGGGCGUGCGGCCCGACAUCAUGGUGUUCGCCAAGGGCGUCGCGAACGGCAUGCCGCUCUCGGGCAUCGUGACGCGCAAGGAGAUCAUGGACGUCAUGCCCCCCAUGUCGCUUGGCGGCACGUACGCGGGUAACGCGGUGGCCUGCGCCGCGGGGGUCGCGACGACAAAGUACAUGGCCACGCACGACAUUGCUGGCAACGUCAACGCGCGCGCCGAGCAGGCACGUAAGGGACUGAUGGCGAUUGCGGACGGUCCGGGGGGCAGCAUCAUCGAGGAGGUCCGCGUGACUGGCCUCAUGAUGGCCAUCGAGUUCAAGGACCCCCGCGACGCCGGCAGCGAGGCGUUCCCGGCCGGUCUUAACAAGAUGGUGCAGGACGCAUGCCUCGACAAGGGCCUGCUCACGCUCACGAUGAGCAUCUACUCCACGCUGCGGAUGAUCCCGGCGCUGAUCGUGAGCGAGGAGGAGAUUGACCAGAUGCUCGCCAUCUUCGGGCAGUGCGUGCGCGACGUGGCGGCAAAGGUGGGCGCGAAGUAG